GGUAGCACGAAUUCUGACGUUCCGUGUAAGAAGUGUUCGAAAGAAGUAAAAAUUUUCAUACUUUGCGGAAAGUGUAAUGCAAAAUACCACCCUAGUUGUGUGCUUAAGAUUAGUGGUACAUAUGUAAAUUCGGAGGGUGUUGUAAUUUGUUGUGGCAACAUAACCAAAAAGGACUGCGAUUGUGACACUAAAGAUGCUGAAAUUAAACAGCUUAAGUUGAGAAUAUCCAAUAUAAACGAAUCACUAUAUGACAAAUCAAUGGUAAAUACCAGCGAUGAGGACUCUACCGAGGAAAAUGAAGAAUGCAGGGGUGUUGAUGUGUCGGCGUUGAUGAAAUGUGAGAUGGAAAGGAGUAAGUCUGCAUAUAAAGAUAUUAUUAUAGAACAAAAGGAUAUUCUGAUAAAUGAGCUAGCAGACAAAAUCGGUUUGCUGAAAAAGCAUAUAAAUCUCCUUGAGAAGUUGGAUUCUUCGAUACCAGCAAAUCCAAGUUUUAAUGAGAAGAAUAAAGGAAAUAAUCCCACAUCGGAGAUUGUAUACAAAUCCGCAUCUUCAUCUGGUUCAUCAGAUGUCACAAUUACAUACGUUGAUGAUGGGAACACAGACGUCAUAGAUGGUGGAACGAAGGUUCAAUCGACAAUGUCAUCUGAAAGGACAAUUGACAGACAGAAAGUAAAAGAUAAUUGGACGAUUGUUGAAAGGAAGAAAAAGAAGAACAGAUCAUUUACAUCGAGUCAUAAUAGUUUCAAUAAUGCAUCUGGCAUGGUAGGUACAGUUGGAGAUAUGAAAGUUGACAACCACAACAUCAAAACAAACAAUAAGAACAUGCACAACAAUAAAGUAUCCCAGAGCUACAGGUGGAAUAUAAUCGGAGCGAGCACGGAUAACCCAAUAAAGGCAGUUGGAAAAAAGAUGUCUCUGUUUGUUUCUAGGAUUGCGCCUAACACCAAAGAAGAAGAAUUUGAAAAAAUGGUAGUUAUUAAUGAUUCACAUAAAAAUACAGCCGAGAACUCUGAAUGUUGGCCUAACGGAGCUUACAUAUCUAGGUUUUUUUCAAGGAAACUGACGAGGGAGUAACAGGUAAUUUAAUUCCCGAAAAUAUUUCAUUGACUCA